UCAAAUACAUGAUUCUCAUUCAAUCACCAUCAUUUAUCGUAUCGAACACCCCCACCCACAUCGUGCCCCGACAAACUGCAUCUCCUUCCACUGAAAUUAUCUCUUUUUCUUCCUCACUAUAAAUUCUGUGUUUUCGUUCACAAUACAAGGUGUUGUUCUCUAAAGUCUGAAACCCAGGUCAGCGAAAUUUCUCGAACCCUAAAUAAACUCUUCUUAGCUUUACCUUAAUGGCAACACAUCUAAUAGCAACCCACGGAGACAACGCUGAGGUUUACCAUGGUGAAGAUCUCUGCAAGCAGAAGUCACGCGAGCUGCUCGGUGAGAUUUGUCUGCCCGAAGGAUUGCUCCCCUUGAACGACAUCAUCGAGGUAGGCCACAAUCGCUCCACUGGCUUCGUCUGGCUCAAGCAGAAGAAGAGGAACGAGCACAGGUUCGAGGCCAUUCGACGCACCGUUUUGUACGAGUCCGAGGUCACCGCCUUCGUCGAGAUGCGCCGAAUGAGGAAGGUAACGGGGGUGAAGAGCAAGGAGCUGUUCUUUUGGGUCACUAUCUCCGAUAUCUUCAUUGAUGAUCCCGAUUCCGCUAAGAUUGCCUUCGCUAAUUCCAGCGGGAUUUCCAGAUCCUUUCCUGUCUCGGCUUUUCAACUCCAAGAAGAAGAUCAAGAGAAGAAGGAUGGUAACUAGCAAGUAGAAUUAGCAGCAGCAAACGCAGGAACAAUUACCGGAUUGUUCCAGAUGAAAGAAUUCAAUUCAAAUAAUUCUAAUUUUAGGGUUUUAUUUAGUUGGACUUUUUUAUUCAAUUCAAGUGAUGGUUCAACAAUUCGAAAUGGCAAACCUUGGGAAAGUAAUUUACCCUCUAUAA